AUGACAAAUGUUUAUAUAACCCCCAGAAAACUUGUUGUAACUGGUACUAUCGUACCAGAACUUCACUACGGUCCAUACUUACGUGACUGGUGGAUUUUUUUUAAAGAAAGUCAAAAUGUGCCAUCUCCGAUUCCAAUACGUUUGGGACUUGAGGUUAUGGUACAACUUAAUAAAAUGUCUUUUAUUAUUCAUGUAGUUCGUUAUAUACAUAGUCAUUUACAGCCUGGUUAUAUAUGUGAAGGUGGUGGACAAAGUAGUGGUAUUGUUACAAGUUCAUCUAAUGCAAUUAUCUUGGUUUACCAAGCCAUUUUUGGCACUAAAACAAAGUUUGCGGGCCUUUCAUAUUUGGGCUUAGAGCAAACUGAAACAUCUCAAAAAUUACUAGAAGGUGUUGUUUUUUAUCCCUUUAUUAUUGAAGUAGAAAAUUUAUCUAUAUUUGUUAGUUCUCUUGGUAAAAUCUCACAUUCAAAUCAAAAAACAAUUGGAUACAAUUAUACAUCUUCAUUGUUUUAUAAGUACAAAUCGAAACAAUCAGUUUUUUUUCAAAGUGUGAAUAAAAAUAAUUCAUAUUCGAUUAUAGUUUAUCAAAAUAGUCAAAUUGUUGCAGAAUAUACAGAUAAUUCACCCAACGCUGUUUGGUGUCAAACUGUAUCUAAUCAAUAUACAUUAGCGGAUUGGAACAAUAAAGCGAUUAUGGAACAUUUAUUUGAUCUACAUUUAAAGAAAGCUGUUAGUAAAUCUGCUAAAAAAUGGCACCAAAAUGAAUUUUGGACAAACACACCAAACCCUGAAAAAGACCGUAUUACGCUUAAGAAUUUAUAUGAGGAUGGAAUUCUAAAUGUAUCGCCACAAACUCUAACCACUAAAGCAUUUUGGGACUGCUUUCGUGAUAGUUACAAUAUAAAUCUUAAAGGAACAAAUGGUAAAGUGCAUAUACUAUCUAUAAUUGCUGAAAAAUUCAUGUAUCAGGAAAUAAAGGAUGAGUUAAAA